CGUGUCUUCAAAUGAGCUGAGAACUGGGACUGAACGUGCCGUGUGGGCUUUCCUAGUUCUAAUGUGGCAGUGAGUAAGUUGAAUGUAAUUAACUAUUAUUCAGUUUUAAGGAAACAAAAUUCUCAAGAGAAAUUGGAAAGUCCACACCAACUGAGAAAAGAAAGAAAAAGACACACUUUAUUAAAGAAGAAAAAUACAUUUACAGCGCUAGGAGAAGCAACACAUCAGCUCUACAAGCGUUCAGUGAAGGCUCUCAAACCUUCUUAUUGUGGGCUGGACUGUGGCAUACUUACCCUCACUUCUAGAACAUUCCCUCAGGCUGCUCAGCAGACUCUUCCUGCAGAGGGUGCAAACCGGUCAUCAUGUCUCCAGCCAGUGAUGUUUAUCUCAUUACGGGAGCCUGUGGCUUCCUGGGAGAGAGGAUCUGCCGGCAGCUCCUGGAGGAAGAGCAGGGACUCGCUGAGAUCCGACUCUUUGACAAGAAAUCCAAGCCUGAGCUUGUCCAGUCCCUUCAAGCAUCCACAAGUCAGACCAAAGUGAGCAUGUUCGAGGGGGACAUCAGAGACAGCGAGCUACUGAGGAGAGCCUGUCGUGGAGUGACCCUGGUUGUCCACACUGCAUCUAUCAUUGACAUCGUCGGAGCUGUGGACUACAGUGAACUCCAUGGUGUUAACGUGAAAGGGACCCAGCUCCUGCUGGAAGCCUGCAUCCAGGAGAGCGUGGCGUCCUUUGUCUACACCAGCAGCAUCGAGGUGGCAGGCCCCAACCCGCAGGGCGACCCAGUCAUCAACGGUGAUGAGGACACGCCCUACCCCGCCCGUCUCAAGUUCCCAUACAGCAGAACCAAGCAGGAGGCGGAGCAGCUGAGCCUUCGGGCGCACGGAGAGCCCCUGCGCAACGGGGGCCGGCUGGCCACCUGCAUCCUGCGGCCCAUGUACAUCUACGGCGAUGGCUGUCCCUUCCUCAUCCUCCACAUGGCUAACGGCAUCCGCAACGGCAACGUGCUGCUGCGCACGUCCCGGCGCGAUGCCAAAGUCAACCCCGCGUACGUGGGGAACGUGGCCCUCGCCCACCUCCGCGCCGCGCAGGCCCUGAGGGACCCCGAGAGGAGGGCGGUGGUUGGGGGGAACUUCUACUUCAUUUCGGACGACACGCCGCCCGUCAGCUACUCGGAUUUCAACCACGUGUUGAUGUCGCCGCUGGGGUUCGGCAUCCAGGAGAAGCUUCUCCUGCCCUAUCCCCUCCUCUUCUUCCUCUCCUUCCUCAUGGAGCUGCUCCAGUGGUUGCUCCGCCCCUUCCUGCGGUACUGCCCACCGCUGAACCGGCAGCUCUUAAUCAUGGUCAACACGCCCUUCACGUUUUCUUAUCGGAAAGCCCAGAAAGACAUAGGGUACACUCCCCGCUAUAGUUGGGAGGAGUCACACAAGCGCACCACUGAUUGGCUGGCCACCCUCCUGCCUCAGGAGAGAGAGCGAAUCAAGACUCACUGACCCCUCAAUUGAAAACGUUUGGGGAAUCGGCCACAGCAAUCAUAUAUACAUUUUUUUGUCUGGUUACUUUCUGUGGUGAUACUGUAGCUAUUUCCCACCCUUCAAGUAUAUAAUAUGUAGAGACAGCAAUGCCAAUAGAACCCUAUGGGGAGCACAUCAGAACCAGGAAGUACAAAUAUUUCGCUGAACAGCCAUGUUCAGUUGUGUCCUUGGUUACACGCUUAAUCACGUGUACAACGACGAUAGCUCAGACAUAGACUAAAAUAAAUAAAAAAUUAAUAUCCUGUGAUUUUUUUAACUAAUGUAAUGUACAGAGUUAACAUCAAUAUUUUAGUGGAAGUAUUCUAUUUUUGCUGUGAAAAAUGAAUGGAGCCCAAUGGGGUGACAUAGCUCAUGAGGUAAGAGCGGUUGGCUGGCAGUGGGAGGGUUGCCGGUUCAAUCCCCCGCCCUGGGCGUGUUGAAGUGUCCCUGAGCAAGACACCUAACCCCUAAUUGCUCCCAACGAGUUGACUGGUACCUUGCAUGGCCGCCUUUCACCGUUGGUGUGUGUGUGUGUGAGAAUGGGUGAAUGAGAGGCAUCAACUGUAAAGCGCUUUGGAUAAAAGCGCUAUAUAAAUGCAGCCCAUUUACCAUUCAAUGGGGAAACUUGCUUUUUGAGCGAAAAUAGAUAGAUCAUAGAUAUCAGCAGGGGGCGACAUUACAUCUAGUGCUGAGUUUGAGAACCGAAAGCUGGCCCCUUGUUCCCACCCCAGUAGGGGCAAACAGUAUCUUAUGUGUGAUACAUAAAUAUGUGAUACAUAAAGUGAUAUAUAAAGGAUCAAUGUGGUUGGGGACAGAAUUAAAGAUUUGUUUUUGAUGGCUUGUAGAACUCUGCAUGUGUGUAUGAAUCUUAUUACAAUUUCAACACUGUGUUUAAAAAUGUCUCUCUUUGUAACACAUAAAUUGUAUACUUGUAACACAAAAGUAGUAACUUUGACACAAAAUGUGUUGAAAGCAACACAAAAUAUGUGACACAAAAAGUGUGUUGGAUAUUAACACAUCCUUGGGGAUAAUAAAGACUCAACUAACUAA